GGCCAUGCGGAGGGACUCCUGAAGGUGGGUCAGUACAGACUGCUGCCGCUGCUGAUGUCGCUGGUCGACAAACAGCGAGUGUUCCUUCGCGAUAAAUUGUCAGGUGAAUAAAGCCUGCUAAUUCGGCUUUAUAUUGUUUUCAACGUAUCUUAGAGUGAUCAACCCAAGAGGAUAUCAUGAUCUUGUCUGUGCCCUUGUGCGCUCGAGCGCUUUUCUUGGCUCAAAUUCUGGCUUCCUUCCUCUUCAGCAUUGCGCUAGGCCAAAGCGAUGGCAGUGGCGUGGUGGUGGCCAUGUACAAUAUCAGCGCACCCCAGGGAUCAAAGGCGAUAUUGCAGUGUCAUAGUCAGCGCAUGGUAUGGACCCAAGACCGCCUAAAGGACCGCCAACGGGUAGUGCACUGGGAUUUACUUCGUAGUGGCCCAGACCAUGCAAUGGAACGUGUUUUAGACAUGUUUUCUGCUGGAGACCAGCGCAUCUAUAAUGGCUACAACCAGGGACGCAUUAACAUGCCCAAGACUGCUUUUAAGGAUGGCAACUUCUCAUUGGUAAUUAAAGAUGUUGCAAUGAGUGACAAAGGAAUAUACUCCUGUAACCUGCAUCAUCAUUACUGCCACCUGUAUGAGUCAAUCAAAGUUCAGCUCAAUGUCACCAAAUCAGCACGUAAGGAGAGGCGGUUUUGGGACGGUCAGAAGGCUGUGUAUGUGGUUCUUGUGGGCAGCACGGUGGUUCUCCCCUGCGUUAACCGCCGGCCAAUCUGGACCGAGGGCAACAGUCAGGAAGACCAACAACAGGUGGUGCACUGGGAUCGUCAACCUCCAGGGGUCCGACAUGACCGCGCCGAUCGACUCAUCGACCUGUACGCUUCUGGCGAGAGGCGUCACUACGGGCCACUGUUUGUUCAACAAAAGAUGAAUAUUUCUGCCACAGCAUUCUCGCAGGGAGAUUUUUCUCUGAUAAUCUCAGACAUCCAGCUCCUAGAUCAGGGGCUAUACUCCUGUCAUCUCCACCAUCACUACUGCGGCCUGCACGAGAGACGCAUCUUCCAGCUUUCUGUGACCCCUCCGGUCCCUCAGAUCCCUCUGGAACCCACAGAUGAACCUCAGUAUCUUCCCAAUGAAGACCCAAACACCAAUUUGGUGGAAGUGCCGCCACAUGUCAUCAACGUCAUCUUGCCAGAGCAAAGGAGUCACUUUCUGCAGCAGCUCGGCUACAUCCUGGCAACUCUCCUCCUACUGGCCCUUAUUGUGUUGGCUAUCGUUCUCCUCACACGUCACCGGAAAAGACCAGGCCGAGAUUUUGAUCCACGUAAAGUUGAAAGCCCACCGCUAUCGACGGUGACGUAUGUGGGCCACACAUCAGGUGUCAAGAAAGACUGUGAGCGAAGCAUCCCAGAGGUGAAGUCAAGCAACCAAGAGGAGACAAAGUUGGACUACAAAAACAACCUUCUGAAGGAAGCUGAAAUGUCCAAACUUUGCUCCCCAAAAGCCAUUGACCUGGACAGAGAGAUGGAGAAGCCAUCUUGGAAAUAAGCGGUACCUUGCCACUGGCUGGUCCAGGGGGAGAUUUGGAAAUCAGGAAUUCAUGGAAGAAGAAUGAAAUGUGUACAUGCGACAAUAUGGCAAGGAAAUAAGACAAAAGAAGGAGAGAUUUUUUUCUGACUCAAGAUCCUCUACCUUUUUUGGCUCUUAUGAAGCUUGCGGGAAGCACCAGAGUAUCACCAGCAAUAUUUUGGACAACUGAUAUAUCAGCUGUUUUAGAGCACAAAAAUGACAAGCAAGAAGCCUAAAAAAUAUGAAAGAACAUAGUCUGCAUUUUUUUUUUUUACUGAAUUUGCCCAAUGCUGCCAUGCACGCUAUGAGUGAGUUUUUUUUAACUAAUUUUUUUUCUCCAUAUUAGCUUUCUCAAUAGAUUGAAGCUGUGCUUUCUUAAAGCUACAAUUCGUAAAUCUAGCAUUCUUUUAUGCAGACACCUGAUAACCUUUACUGUAUUAUAUGAACAGCAUGAUUAUUAAAAGGUACGUUUUUGUUCUUAAUGAAAUCAUAGCCAACUUGGUAGACAGUUUAGACAAAAUAUUUUUAUUUUGUAAGUCUUCAUAAUAUUCUAGACCAAUUUAAAUCAGUAUGUUUUCUCAUUUUGAUAUUCUUUUCCUCUUACUCUUCUCUUACUAACCGUGUUACCACUAAAAAGCUACAUAACAUUACCUAUCAAAAUCAUCUGUAUUCUGUCAUCUAGAAAUACUGUCUGUUAUCACCUUUUUCAUGUUAUCAUUUGUAUAUUUUCAUGUUACAAACCUUACUAAUUGCUUUUGUCACGGUUUAUUUGUUUUCAUUCGUGAAGCUCUGUGCUAACAGGCAGCUUUGAGGUCAUUUGCAACAAACAAUUAAGUGUGAAACUGAUGCUAAAUGCAUCAAAGUAACUGUACAACAUGAAAAUUAUUCAAUUUGAACAAUUAUUAAAGGUACACGAUUCAACUUUUGGCCCUCUAGUGGUUAAAAUAAACCCUGCAUUUUGCGGAAGAACAUUGUUUUGGUUGUGCUUUGCCUCUGCAUGAAUGUUCAGUUGAAUAUGGUUCUUUCUCAUAAAUAAAAAAGAAAUAGAUUAUCCUACUGCUCGUAAAACAUUCACUGGAGGUUCGAGAUUUAGAGUGCUCUAUGUCAACCUUUCUGCAACAUUGUGACAACAAAAGUCGCUCCCACACCAUACACGCGUCAACGUAGUCAGAGCAACUCUCUAUUUACGCAUAUGACGAGACAAACAUGGGUGAGUGUAUGUAUGCGA